CUGCCAGGGGACGCACCUGCACAGAGAAAACAGUUUCUCCAGAUCUUGAUGCCAAAUUAUCCGCCCGGAAAACACGUGGAGAAAGAAGAAAAUACGCGUGGUUUUGAUUGAAACCUCAUUGUUUUGACAUAAUUCCCUCAUAGGUCAUGGUUCUAAUGACUUACCUAACUCACUAGACAUCAGCUUUAGGGCCAAUGAAGGAAGAACUCUACUCUUGACUGGUGGUGAACUGUUCGUACUUGUUCUGAUCGUCGAAACUUCAUAGAUUUGUGCACAAAGUGAUUAUGUCUGGAGCUGGAGAGAAGGAAGACUCAAGUUCCAGUGACCCGGAGACAGAACAGACUAAAGAUGAAGACCAGUCUGUGAGGACAGAAGACCCUGUCCAGGCAUCAGAUGAAGAUGACCCAGAGAUGGCAGAAGCCCCUGCAUCAGAACCAGGUGUGGUGUACCUGAGUCACCUGCCGCCACGCAUGAACCCCAAAAACCUGCGCCACAUGUUCAGCCAGUACGGGGAGGUGGGACGGACAUUCCUGCAGCCUGGUGAUCAACAUAAGCGGUUGAUGAAAAAGAAGCCGGGCGGCAAGAGGCAGCGGCAGAACUUUGUAGAGGGUUGGGUCGAGUUCAGGGACAAAAGGCUCGCUAAACGGAUCGCCCUGUCUCUAAACAACACGCCCAUAGAGACGAGGAGGCGUAGUCCGUUCUAUGGCGACUUGUGGAACAUUAAAUACCUGCAUCGCUUCAAAUGGACCCAUCUGAGCGAGCAGCUUGCGUACGAGCGAGCCGUGAGGGAACAGAGGAUGCGGACAGAGAUCCUUCAAGCCAAGAAGGAGACCAAAUUCUUCGAAGAAAGUCUUGAGAAAAGCAAAGCUGUGCAGAAAAUUGAAGAAAAGAAGAGGAAGAAAGGAGAGGAAGUCAGCAGUCGUGCAGGCAGAAACUUUAAGCAGCAGAAAACAGAGGAGGAAAUCAGGCUGUGGAUGCAAAAGAAAGAAAAGGAAAGAGAAAAGAAGAAAAAGCCUAAAAGCAAAAAGACAACAAUCGAAAAUGAUGUUAUGCAGAAAAUAUUUGAAGGUGGGCCAGCAUUGGCUAAGGAAUGAAUUUGAUCCCUGAUAAGUAUCUUUGGGCUUCUGUUGUAAGUACUGUUUAUUAAAUCAAGACUUGUACUCACUUAAGCAAUGAUCUAAUUUGGCAACAGAAAUUGAAUUUCUUGGUCUUGGUCAUGGCCUCUUUUGUCGACUGGAUCACACACGCUAGAUCGUGAAGAAAAUUCCAAACCAAUAAGAAGAGACUGAAGCAGAAUUUGGUACUUUUUGGUGAUUAUAAGUGACAAUUGUUUUUAAAAAUGACCCCACAUUUGAGCAAUCCAGUGUCUGUAGAUAUAUAAGCAUGAUUUAGUUGAUUUUUGUUGUCCAAAAUGAAAGCAGUGUUAAAACCA